ACGCAAUGCAGGCCCAAAGCCCUAAAUAACAAUUUUUACCCUAGUAACAUAAGUCAGUUCCCCAGCAGCAGUUACUUCGUGGUGGAAUUAUGAAUCUCCGAUAUUACACUGAUAUUGUAAAUGGCCUUAGAAAGGAUGCGUCCUUAUUUAUGUGACAAAAUCAUAGCUGAGAGACACUUUGAUUACCUACGAUCAAAAAAAAUUCUUACCAGAGAAGAUGCCGAAGAAAUUUCUUGUCGACCCUCAAGUAGGAAAAAAACUGGCAAGUUAUUGGACUAUUUAGCAGAAAAUCCAAAGGGACUCGAUACUUUGAUUGAAUCUAUCAGACGAGAGAGAACACAGAACUUCCUCUUAGAAAAGAUAACUGAUGUGGUGUUGAAGGUCAAAAAUGAAAAACUUGAAGCUCUCAAAGGCCUAAGCUGUAGCACCUGUAUGACCUCACUGUAUGGAGGAACAAAUAAUCUUUCUAGGUCAUAUUCUGAUGAAUCGAAUUUCUAUGAAAAAAUAAAAGGCAAAGAACCCACCCAUGUUUAUCUUACAGAAGAAGAGUUCAGUACAGCUGCCUUUAUGUCUGCUGCAUCUCUUCGUUCAAUGAAUCUACCAGUUGUGGAAAUGGGAAGUGCAGAAAAUACAGUUUUCUCAGCCACUCUUCCAGGACCUGGAGAUCCUGGAGGACCCCCUCUUCCUCCAGAUCUGCAGUCUGAACAACAGGAAGCCUGUACCAGCUCAAGUGACAAUCUUUUUCUGCCUUUGAGAUCACGUUCUCUUCUACCCUAAUGAUCUUCAGUGAUACUUUUUUUUUAAAGCCUUUUCUUUCAAAGAGCCCACUGCUUGCAUAGGUGUGGAAAUUGCAAAUUGGCACAAAUUGUGUGUUUUUUGCAACCCCUCUUUUUUUAAAUUAAAAAAAAAAAAAAAAAGCUCUUUUUUGUCUAAUAACGUUUUUAUUACUUUUUGGAAGCCUUAAAAAUGUCACUGGUGCUGUACUUUAGUUUUAAAUUGAUAUUUAGGGUUUCAUGUUUUAACCUUGGCUGCAAAUACUUGAGCUGCACUACUGGAAUCUGCUGUAUUGUAUAUUUUUGUGAAAAAUCAAAGAAAAAAAGAAGGCUAAAAAAGAACCCUUAAAAAGCAGAUUACUUUAGAAUUCUAAUUUUCUACUGUUUCUAAAUGUUUAAACUUGUUUAACAGUCUUAUUUUUCUGUGUGAGAGAAACUCCUGCCUCCACCCUUAUGUGGCGCGCUCGUUGCUAGAGAUCUACCAAACUUAAGGAGGUAGCCAGCCAUUUUUGUGGGCAGAUCACCUGGGGCUGGCUGCCAUUUUCAUGGGCUGAGCAUGGCACCGUGCCUUUGGCUGAGGGGCCCCAUCAGUCCCACCCCUCCCUGGUGAUUGCCAUGUUGCCUAAAAACCUCAGCUUAAUUAGCCUGAUUAAGCCUGGGGAAGCCACUAAUACAUUUGUUAAGUGUGGAUUAGUGGCUUCCCAUGGUUUAAACAAGGUAAUUAAGCCACAGUUUUGUGCUAUCCCUAAGCGGCAGGCUCUGCAAUUUUGGUGGGCUUGCUGCAAAAAGGAACCCCCCCACUGCCCCAACCUGCUGGCAAGCAGAGAAAAGGCCAGGAAACCCUGUAGUCUUAAACUGGGGGGCAGGGCGGCAGAUCUGCUCGGGGCAGAUGUGGAGGCAGCCUCUGUGCCUCCUGCUGCAACCAGACCUGCCUUGCCCCUCUCCCUUCCCCCUGUGCUCUAAGACUGCAGGGCUUCCCAACCUUUUCUCUGCUUGCCACCAAGUUACAUUUUGUAGCAAGCUUGCCAAAAUUGCAGAGCCUGCCCAAAACUGCAGUUUCCGUAAACAUGGCACAGUCGCAAUUACUUUAGGUCCCUACUCAUUACCAAGCCAGAAUUUGGCCCUUCUGUAGCAGUAUAUUGAUGCUUAUUUCCAAAUAAUUCUGUUUAGUUUUCCAAACUCUUUUAUCCAGAUAAUAUGAAAGUGAAAAGUAUGCAGAUAUCACUUUAAUUUGGUUUAGCAUAUGCUAAAUAUGCUUUCACAUGGCUCCAAAUCAUGUUUUUUAUGUAAUAUAUCAAAAUAGCUGGCUUGAGAUGCACUUUUAAAAUGAAUUGUCAUGAAUUCUAGAAAGGAAUGUAAGGUACUCUGACCACUCUAAACUACUCAGAAGACUGAGGGGUUGUUUGCAGUCCGGGUAGUUAAAUUCAUACCAUAUAGUAGCACAUUUACAUUGCACGUGGCUUAGAGUCCAAAACAUAGUUUUAAAAUUAUUUUUAACAUGGGAGAGUUCUCAGAUUGCCAGAUAUGGUACCAUGUGCUUUACACCUCUUCAGUUCUAAUACUUGCUUCAUAAAACUGACUGAUAUGAUCAAGUGUACAAAUGCAGAUUGAAGCUUAACCUUAUAUAUGCAGUGAGAAAAGUGCUCUUACUCAGGCAUAUUUUAAAGGACUGUUUCAGUUUACUGAGUUCAGUUAAGCUUGGAUAUUUAAAAUAUUCUAAUGCUAGUAUAGCACUAUUGCAGGAGUGUUCUGCUUUGUCAGAAGCCUGCAUUUCUUUUCUAAUCCUGGUUCUGGUGUUGUAGAGGCCUAAAGGAGGCUGAUGUCUUGGGCCUCAGCACAGCCAGCAGAGUGACCUGUAUAUGUGUGCAGGUUGGUCAAGAUUAAGGAGAUUAUUCUGUGGAAACAUCUCAAGUAUAUUAAUGAAGAAGCUUGCAUGUGACAACAAAUACGGGCUCUUAUUAGUGUAUAUAGCAGUCCUCUUCUGUUUCCCAUCUAUUUAAGACAUGCUGGGAUAGAUUUUUCAGUGAUACUCAAGUACUAACUGUAAUGGGCAUUAUAUGCUUAAAUACCUUUGAAAAAAAUUGAUCCUUUGUGUCUGGUUUUAAAAAACCUGCAGAUCCCAUUGACUUGGGCUGGAGUUGUGGAUGUUUAAAUGCCCCUCCAAUUUGAACAUUCCAGGUAUGUUUUUUAUGAAUUAUGCAGGUAAUCUCAUAAUUUAUUUUGGAGUUCCCUUGUUGGAAGAGUUUGUGGAACUUGUGCUUACAAACUAAGUCUGGAUCUAAUCCUGAGAAUUCUCUUGACUUCCAGGGACCAACCAAUGCCCUUCCUCUUAAAAACAGAAAAACUUCUUUGGGAGCAGGAGGAAAUGCAUAGGAGCUGAGGUGCUUAAUUUUGGAUAAGAUAAUGUUCUGUGAUAAAUUCGUCCCCUCCUACCCCCUUUUGGAAUUUCCUUAAAUCAGAGGGAGGUUGGGACCCCUCAUAAAGCAAGAAUUAUGUAUCAGUUCAAGAUGGAUAUUAGUUAGGUAAAAAAUCUCGAACAAAUAUCUGUAACAAAUACGAUGUAUACUGCACAGUCUACAUGUACAGUGAUCGCUGUUUAAACAAAUGUAUAUAAUGUGACCAAAUACUUGGAAUUGGUGUACUUUUAGAUGUGAAAUUUUUAUCAUAAGUGAAAUAAACAUUUUUGCAUACUUGUCUA